AUGUAUGUGAAAUGCUUUGAUACAGUAAUGUUUUACUAUGUGAUUUUAGUGAAUGUCACUUUUACAACUUUCAAAUUUCCCGCCGUUCCGUCCCCCGUACGUCCUGAUGUCGCAGGGAACAGAACCCGGAAGACAGAUGCCGGCAUCCACCGGAGGACAUUGCCGGGGACAUCGCGGAAGCGAAGGACAAGGUAAGUGAAGUGGAGAUCUCGGAGCAGCGCUGCAGGUUAUUCCCGAGUGUAGCUCGGGGUUACCGCUUGUGCUACACUCGGGAAUACCGCCAUGGAGG